GAAAUUAGUCUUGGCGGGACCUCUUUAAGAUCCAGCACCCUCUCGCCUUUGUCGCUCCCCCACUUUUCUUCAAAAGGACCUUCUGUGUACACUAGGUCUCUUCCCCUCUGUUCGGUCGGUCAUACACACCAUGGAGUCGGGGGUCUACGUCCUUCCUCCUAGCCAGGACGCCGGGCCCUCCCGCCGGCUGACCCGCUGCUCUCAGGUGCGACCGGCAACCAUCUUCGUGCCGCAGGACCGCACCCUGUCCCCCGAAGAGCACUUCCCCUUGCAGACCAUCUCCGCGCCCGGCCGCCCCCCCUUCCCGCGCUUCAUCAAUCGCUUCGAUAGCCGCGAGAUCCUGCUCGUCAUCGACGGCUCCUGUGUCAACAACGGCCGCCACGCCGACCCACAGCGAGACCCCGUCGGCGGCUGCGCCUUCAUCUUCAAAGGCUCCUCCUCCUCCUCCCCUCCAUCUUCCACCAGACAGCCAGCCGCAGGCAGCAUCGCCUUCCGGCUGGAGCGCCGGGGCCCGCGCGGCGACGCGGCGCCGCACACGUCCAACCGCGCCAAGCUGCGGGCCGUGAUCGCGGCGCUGCAGUUCCGCGCCUGGGCCGGCGAGGGCUGGCGGCGCGUCGUCGUGCUCACCGACCUCGAGUACAUCGUCUGGGGCGCCACCCGGUGGCUGCCGCGGUGGGUGGCGCGGCGGUGGCGCAAGCCGCCGUCAUCGCCGUCGUCGUCGUCGUCGCGGCGCGGGAACGGAGGAGGCUGGCGCGGGUACGGGUGCCGCGGCUGCUACAGGAACCGGGACCUGUGGGAGGAGCUGCAGGCGAGGAUCGAGGAGCUGUGGGCUCACGGGUGUGAGGUGUCGUUUUGGUUGGUGAGGGGCGUGGGCCAGGGGGGAAGGGGAGGAGGAGACGGGGUGAUUGCGCGGGCGAAGGAGGCGGCCAGGAGGGCGGCGAGGUCGGGGCCUGUGGAGGAGGUGGAGAUGUUUACGAAGUUGUGUGGGAUUAUGGUGUGAGGGCUGGUAGGGCGGGCUUGUCUGGCAGCCGGGGAUGGCAGCUGCCCUCCAUGUAGGACUGCCCUCUAUGUAGGAAUCCUGAACUGCGAGACACCUGACAGUUGCGGGAAGCGACUGCCUGCUUGUCGAGGCCUGAUUCCGCAACCAAAACCCCCGAGGACAAACAAAAUACGAGAUCCUCUGCAGGUAGGGAAACGCGGAACCGGCACAGAUAGCUCCCAACAUUCGUGUGCUGUUAACAUGGGCCUGGAUAAGUGAAUG